AUGGAUGAAGAUGCCGCAGCCCAAAGGGCAUACAAAAGCGAACCAGCUGAUGGUUCACGCAGAAGGGGAAAGAAAACACUGGGCUUUGAUUUCCAAGGCUUACCACGUUGCUGGUUGACGAAGUUCUUAAUGAAAUUAUACUUCCUAAUGGCUCUGCUCUCCUGUUUAUAUGCCACCUAUUUUGUGGCCAAUAUAGCCUUAACCGAAAUUCUAAGCAGAUCUGAGGAUUUACCAUUAAUUCUACGACUCAUCGAUGAUAUUUUUCACAAUCUCUUUGGAAUAGUUAAAAGUUUGGUUUUCUUUUACAACUUAAAAUCGAAUCGGAAAUUAUUCGAACGAUUAAAGGCAAUUUUCCCCACCUCUCUGGCAGAUCGUAUGGCCUAUGAUGUAAAUGCAUAUUUUUGGCCGAAGUGGAUUACCAACACCGUCUAUAUGCAAUGCUGUGCCAUUGCUGUGAUAGUCUUUUCACCAUUGGCUGUGGCCUUGGUGGAAUAUUUUGUGGUCCUGCUGAAGAACGGUUUCGCAGAUGCUGAAUUUGGUUAUCACAUUUUGUAUGGGAAUCAGAAGUAUAUCGUUGAUCAUCAUAAUGCAUUGGGUUAUAUUUUCAUAUAUUCGAUAUUGGUAAUGGGAACUCAUUACGCUGUUAUUUUUAAUAUUUCUCCCGACAUUUGGCUCGUGGCCUAUGCCAUUCAGCUGUGCAUGCAUUUCGAUUAUAUUUCAAGGAAUUUGGAAGAAUAUGAACCGCAGGAAGGUGGAGCUAAAAAGGAUUUGGAAGUUGUGAGGAAAUUGGUGCGGAAACAUGAAGUUUUAUUGGGACUCGCCCACGACUUACGACAAAACUUCAGUUUACUCAUUCUGGUUAUGCUAUUCUCAACAGUAGCAACACUAUUCGGGGCAGGGAUUUACGUUCUUACUCAGGGAGUAAAUUCAGACAUACUUGGCUAUUUGGCAUUUUUACCAACAACUGUGGGUCAAUAUUUUAUGGUCUGCUAUUAUGGACAAUUAAUUAUCAAUAAGAGUUUAAAAAUUGCCGAAGCUGCCUAUGAUCAAGCUUGGUACAAUGCUUCUCGAAGCUAUAAGAAAUCGAUAAUGGUAAUUAUGGGUAGAGCUCAACGUCAGUGUGAAAUAAAUGCUGGCGGAUUUCAAACCACCAAUUUAAAGGCAUUUGAGGGGGUUAUGCGUAUAACAUUUCAAUUGUUCACUGUGUGGCGUAGCCUUAUGGAAAAGAAAUGA